CUCUCCGUCACGUCCCUUAUGGCAGGGCAGACAAUUCCGGUGAUCAUCGACACCGAUCCGGGCGUGGACGAUGUGAUUGCGCUAUUGCUAGCGCUUGCGUCUCCUGAGCUGGAUAUUCUGGCGAUCGUGAUUUCGUUUGGAAAUACUGAUGUGGACGCGUCGUGGGAGAACGUUCUCAAGCUGUACGAUGUCAUACGCCGCCACAACGAGCAGCGUCCGGAGGAACAGGAUCGCUUCUACAAUUUCCAUCACUCGCGUCCAAUUCUCGCUGUCGGCAGUCAUGGUCCUCUAGAAGGUGCAUUGCAUAGCGCCCAGUACUUCCAUGGAAGGGAUGGCUUGGGGGAUAUCGACAAACGAUACCCCGAUAUCGUGGCCUAUGAAGGGAAGAAUGUCCCUCAGCUACAGCCUACGACCAAGAAUGGCGUAGAGGUGGCCUUCGAGCUCAUCAGGGACCAGCCCGCGCGCAGUAUCACGUACAUGGCGCUCGGUCCAUUGACAAACCUGGCCAGCAUCGUUCGAAAGGAUCCAAAGCUUGUACGGGAGCGCAUCGGCCGCGUCGUAUGCAUGGGCGGUGCGCUUGACGUCCCUGGGAAUACGAGCCCUACCGCGGAAUUCAAUUUCUUCGCCGACCCAUUCGCGGUCAAGGAACUCCUUAUUCCCACCCGGCUCGGCGAUGGCAUACCUCUGGACCGCUUCCUGCUCAUGCCCCUGGACAUUACGACACCGCACGAGCUACCAUUCGACUUUUACCGCUCUAAAGUGGACCCUGCCUUUGAGUCUGCGCCGGGCGCUGCCGCAGGCAAGCCGCCUCUCACGCACUUUACUUCUGCAUUCCUGGAGCGCACGCGAGAGAUUAUGCUGCAGUUUGGGAAGGAUGCGAUGGAACUGCAUGACAUUGUCGCCGUGUGGUGCGCCAUAGCCAAUCCGCCUCAGCCGGAGGGGCAGAUGCCAGAGCUUGCACCCGGGUGGGCAGCUACUGGACGCGCGUUUGACAUUGAAAGGUACGGAGAGCUAACCCGGGGUAUGUGCGUCGUAGAUCGUCGAGCGGACGAUGGCGCAUACGAGAUCGGGGCGAACCGCGCAGACGCGCAUGCGAAGAAAGAGCAGACGGAAGUAGAACCUCUGGACUCGCAUCACGUUCCGGCGCUCGUGGAAACGGAAACAAAGUAUGCAGCAGACGGACAUCGUCCCAAGAUUCUGUGCAUCACGGAGACACCCGGGCCUCGAGCGUUGUUAGAGCUUCUGUUGAAGCGCGUAUGGGGAACAGAGCUAGCUGCAUAAUUGACCGGGGUUGGUCACCGGAGCGACCGCGAUUGUUGAUUAUUGUGAUCGUGUU